UAACUCCCUUCUCCUUCACUACUAUUUUAUAUUCCCCUUAUCUUCUUCAACCUUUACCUAAUUACUUUCUUUCAACUAUAGAUCCCUCACAUAAUUAGAAAAAGAAGAAGAUUAAUCCUAAUGAAGACUAUGAUGAUUAAUUUAUCUCGUAUUUCAUUUUUCAUUACACUGCUACUAAUUUCCCAAGCAAUAUAUGCACGUCUUCUGCCUACAAGUUAUCGAGAUACUAACCGGAAGAUUGAAGUUAAUGGGAUUAUUCAUUCAAUUUCCACACAAGAAAACUUCAAUAACCUCAUGGGGUUGGAGGAAUGUGAAGACAAAGAUGAAGUUUGUUUAAACAGAAGGAUGAUAGCUGAGGUUCACUUGGAUUACAUAUAUACUCAAAAUAAACCUAAGCCUUAAAGAGGGAUCAGUAGAGAUUUUAACUAUAGAUUCAACUAGAAAAUUUGUCUACAUGUAGAAGUUAAGAUAUGAAAAUGUAUACCAAGAAAAGUAUUUAAAUUAAUUUAUCAUAAGAUAUGUACUAUUAGUCUAUUAAUAAUAUGUUCAUGAGCUAUGAAUGAGAAGUGACAAACUUUAAUUA